ACCAAUGAUGGACGAGAGAUCUUGUGGCGGAACAAUAAUGUGAUACCAUUUACGGGCUCCGUGCUUUCCUUGCCAUGUGUUUUUGGCGUCGUGCAAUAACUGUGCCAUUCAUUGAAGUCAUUUAAGUAAUCAUGAAGAAGAAAUGCAGUGAUUUUCACUGUUGAUCAAAAAAGAUCCAUUUCUUUGACAAGCUUAUUGUUCCAAGAUGGCGUCUCGAAACGUCAACCCGAUUUCUGGGCUUGAUCCUUCAGGCAAACUUCAGUCUAAUACGUUAAAGAGACAACCCAAUCCGGACUGGAGUAAAAAUGAUUUGUUGCGGCUGUUGAGCUACUUUGAAGGGGAACUUCAAGCUCGAGAUGUUACCAUUGCAGCUCUAAGGGCUGAGAAGGCUAAAAACCUUCUGUUUCAAGCAAAGUAUGGUCGUUUUGGACUAGGCGAUCCCUUCAUUGCUCUGCAGCGGGACUCAGAGAACAUGAAGGAUAACAGUUUUGAUGAACCAGCAAUCAAAUCAAUGUAUGACAAUCAGCUAGCUCAACUAGAAAACCUCAUUGCUACACAACGCAAAGCUCAGCUGAAGAUGAGGGAGCAACUGGCAUCAGCCGAGAAACGCUACCACAAGGUUGUGGCUGAGCUAGAAGACGAGAAACGUAAGCAUGCUCAAGACACAGCUCAAGGAGACGAUGUCACCUACAUGUUGGAGAAGGAGAGGGAACGCUUGAAACAGGAGGUUGAUUUUGAGAAAGGACAGACCAAACGUAUGGAGAAAGAUCUGAAGAAGACGUUGGCAAGCCUUGAAGAGGAGAGAGCUAACUCUGCCAAGCACAAACAGGUGGCGCUGAUGUUGAUAAAGGAACGUAAGCGUCUGAUGGAACGUGUGUUCAGUGAAAGGAGCAAGACGAGCCAGUUUGAACAGAUUCUUGGGGAGGAGAAAGACAAGGUGAUGAAUAUGGCCGAGGGACUUGUGCAGGAAAGCAAGAAGAGUCUCAAGAUGGAGGCUGCCAUGGAGAAACAGCUCAGCGAAUUUGAUGUGGAGAGGGAACAGCUUCGCAGCAAGCUUGGGAGAGAGGAGAGCCGCAGUAAGGAACUACAGGCCACAAUAGACUCUCUUAACCUGCAGAUUGAUAACUCUCAGAAACAGAUGCAUUCGAUGAUGGAACGUUCCGCAGCCAGAGACGCUGUACAGAGCAUUGAGAUCAAGUCCAGCGUGACCCCACCGAGUAGGGGAAGUAACUCUGGCACUGCCAGCCCCAUGUUCGUUGCAACUCCCGGGUCUGAAACCAGUUCCCAAAACUGCCAAACCGGGAAGUAUAGACAGUCGUGGUAAUACCGUUCACCUGAGAGAGACUUUAUAGCUAGGCCUGAUUCUGGUCCGCGGAAACCUGUGGCAUAUGGGAGCCCAAAUGUGUCAUCUACCUCUUUGGAGAGAAUAGACUCUCGAGGCGAGCAGCGUUUAGCGCCAGUUGGUGCAUCUGCAGCAGAAAGGGCAGCUGAUGGCAGCCCAGUGCAUCGUGUGAAUAUACCUCCUGGUUCUAGUGCUACAGUAGUGACUCCGUCUGGCGGCAAAAUUCAACUCCAUGUUGGAGGCGGAGGGUCGCCCAGGAAGGUAAUGCCUGCUGGCAGAGGUGCUCCACCCCCCAUCCCACCAAAUAAACCAAUUCUCAACCCGGGCACCCCAGGACCAAAACCUGCUCCCCCUCCCAAAGUGGGAUUAUCUAUGUCCAAGGACCGUGUUAGUGUUUCAGGGGCCGAAGUGGGAAGUGGGGAACAUUCUAGUCGGAUUACAGCAUCGCAGAAAUCGGUGCAAAUUCCAGUGAAUGUAGUUGGUGGACAGAACGUGGCCCCUGGGUCUCGUACGACGUCCAGGGACAGCUCUCCCAUGAGGAAAACUACCCAGUUAAUGCCCGGUCAGGCUUUCCAAUCAGCCGGAAUUGUCUCCCCUCACACGCCCGCGUUGGAUUUUCUGGGGCCUGAAAUGGCCGACUUGCAGCAAUUGCUUGCCACAAUGACCAAAGGUGAAGCAAGUCCGAGUGAUUCAUUUAGUCUAGCGUUGCCAGUAUCUGCCCCCUCCCCAUCCUCUACCUGUUCUGUCGACAUCGUUAAAAACUCUCCUGUACACAAACACGCUGCAUGUGGUGACCUUGACCUUCUCAAAACGCUUAUAGUAGAACGAGAUGCUGAUGUGAAUUUACCGAUGAAGGAUGGAACGACCCCCAUUCACUGCACUGCCGAAGGGGGACAUGAACAUUGUUUACAGUUUCUGUUGGACAAGGGAGGUAACCCAAAUGCUCUCCGGGACGACCUCCUGAGUCCAGUACACCUGGCUGCUGCAAACGGCCAUAGUAGCUGCCUAAAACUUCUUCUGGACAAAGCUGCAGUGGUGAACAUUGGCAAUCAGACCAAUGAGACACCACUUCACCUCGCUGCCACCAGGGGGCAUGCCGAAUGUUGCCGUUUGCUGCUGGAACACGGAGCCCGGCCGUUGUUCACAAACAUGUCCGGACUGACCCCACUCCACACUGCUGUGAUUGGCAGCCAUAUCGACUGUCUCAGGCUCAUCCUGCAACACAGUAUUAAACGCCAGGGCAUCAUGGCCGACUCUGACGAGCAGACAGAAUCUCUCCAACAUGUGGUCAGCAUGGCUGACAAGGGUGGCUGGACAUUGGCUCACAUGGCGGCCUGCCUGGAGAAGGAGGACUGUCUUCAACUGCUGAUGGAACAUACGAACCUCGACCUGGAGAAGAAGGACCGCCUCGGCAGGUCAGCUUUCAGUGUGGCCUCCAAACUGUGCAAGCACUAUCUCAACCAAACAGGUGCCAACAAUAACCACAUAAUCUCAGUAACUGUGGAGCUUCAUAUCCCCAAGAUGGCUCCAUCAGAGAGUGACCCUGACAGCCAUCAUCAUUACGUGAUCGGGACGUUGGAGGUGACGCCGUUCUUCAACUGGUGCAUGCUGGAGGAGAAGUGUUGUCGUCUGCUGGAGUCGUACUACGUCACGCUUGACACGGGGCUGCGGACUCGCAAGAUCAACCGUCUGGAGCCGGAGUCCCCCACAGACAACUCUGGCUUCACACUAGGACUUGGGACAUCCAGUAUAAAACAUUUCAAAAUUAGUUACUACGAGUGGAACCCAGGAAACCCUUCUGACAAGCUGCCAUAUGAAAUAGUGAGCAACAACACGUCCAACACCCUCAGUGUUACACUCAACAGUAGUGAAGACACCUCUGUGUCUGUGGCGUUUGACACUCUGUACCCACUCAGCACCAUUAGGAACUAUCUUCGACUGCUGGAACAGUACAAGAGUGUCGUGUUCUACGGACCAGCAGGCAGUGGCAAAUCCUACCUCACAGAGCGACUGGCACAGUGCAUAGCGACAAGUGAACGUGCUGCUGGACGGGAACCAAAGAUCUUCUCACUGUCACUCCAGUCUGGAUUCUCAAACGCAGACUUUAUCUCAUUUCUCAAACAAUCAGGUUGUAUCCUACCUCUGCAGCAGUCAACUGACAAGCACUCACCCAUCUUGCUGCUUGAGAACAUGGAGAAGGUCAACAUUGCUCAGCUGUUCGGGAAACUCCUUGAUCCUAUAGAGUACCGUGGGAAGAUGUACGCGUUUAGACUUAAAGAGGGCUCCGUCAGUGACAUUGACGAUGACAGUGAUAGCUACUACUUGCCAGACAACUUUUACCUCCUUGCCACCAUGAACAGAACAAGAUCAACUGGCCUUGACCUAUGCAUUCAACAACGAUUCCGCUGGAUUCACUUUCGCCUUGACUCGGAGCCGUUCCGCAACCAUCUUGCCCGUUACAUUCACCGUCGCCUCCUCCACCUGUACGGGGGGCAGUUGCCGUCACCCGACAAGCCUGUCUUCCGCUGUGCCGAGUGGGUGAUCUGCCUGUGGCAGAGACUCAACGACAGCCUCACCAAGCUGGGACUGCCCGAUCUUGCCUUCGGUCCCUGUCUGUUUUUCAAGUGUCCCCUGGAGAAGCUGAGUCAGGAGGCUGUACUGCAGUGGGUCAAGGACAUGUGGAAUGAGUUGAUCGCGCCGCAGGUCCGCGAUGCCGUCAAGCGAGGUACAGGCAGCGAGACAGCCUCUGAUGGUCAGCAGAAAGUAGCCAAUACAGCUCUCUACGUCCUUGUCCAGAGAUCAAUCGUCCUUGGCUGCCCCCUGACAGGAAAAGACAAGGAGGUUUACAUGAGUGGUUUCAGCGGCAGCAAUGAGCUGGACAUUCCUCUCAAGAUUGAGAAAAGACGGUCCUUAGGGAAUCAAGUGAAUAGCAAAGAGCAGAAGCAAGGGGAAGACAACUCUCCCAAGGACAAAGAGCUUCGGGUGGAGAUCAUUACAAGCACAGGGGUCCGGCUCCGGAACAAAAACAGAAAUGUUCAGGAAUUGGUUGAGACUGGCCUGAGCAACAGCAAGCGGCGAAGUCUGUCAGAAUCAUGUGUAGACCAAGCCUCACGUCUUGCAGAGGAGAGCCUUGAAGCAGACCCUCUUGCCUCACAACCUAAGAUGCCCAAACUCGAGAUUCGAUCUCCUACCCUAAUGGCGUUCUCACAGUCCAGUUCCUCGUCCAGUUUUGACCACUCAUCAAACCAUGGCUCAGGCAGAGUUAGCCCCCUUUUCUCUGGACAAAGACGGCAGUUCAGUUCCCCAAUGGCAGCCAAAAAUCAAGAUCAUCCGAAAACAUAUCCUCCAGUACUAUUUAUAGCUACGCAGCGAAACGACGAUCAGCGAGUCCUUUCUCCUUCUCCCUUACGACUCCCACAUCAAGUCUGAAUUCCUUCAAAUUUUUAGAAGUGACAAGUCCACGCUCCCCAUCUAGCCCAUCCUUAGACUUGUCUCCAGAACCAGUUGUGUUUACAGCAAGUCCGAAAGAGAAAAGUUCCAGCGUCAAGAGUCCAAGCAGAACCAGAGACAGUAACACUGAAAAACAUGCAGGCAAUGGCUUCGCUCAUCCAAAACAUAACAAGAAACGUUCAAGUUGAAAAAGUGAAAAUUAUUUAUUGUUGUUUACCACUGAAUUUUUUAAUAAUUUAUUGGCAGUUCAAAAAUGGAAUGAUUAGAAGAACUGGGCCCAGUAGCAUGAAGCUGUCUUAGCGUUAAGAUUAUCAUAACUCCUAUGCUUUAACAUUGGCUCACCAUAGUCGUAGCGCUAAGAUCCCUUUGCUUAUUUGUUACAUCUUAACUGUAGGUCCAGCCUAUCCAAUGGUCUAUAUUUUAAGUAUUUAACUUAUGUUAAAAGAAUGUAACUUUUUCUGUGAUGAGUAUUUCAUGUUGUCUCCUCGCUGUGGGAAGGAGGGAGGGGUUAGUGUGCAUUUUGUAACAAAACAUGUUCUUGUUUAACUACAGUGCCAAAUUCAGAAAUUACUAUGAAGAUUUACAAGGAAAUAACUAUGGCAUCAGUUUUACAUAAAAUAUAAUGAGGAUUGAACAGUUUAUCCAUGUUGUAAAACAAUUGUAACACAUUUCUCUGUUAAUGUGCUAUAUUGUCAAAAUCAUUAAAAUGUGCACAUUUACAAAUUGCAAUCAGUUUAUAAAGUGCAGACAUAUUCCAUUCCCAGGUGAUAUAUUGAACUUAAUUCUCUGCUUUAUAACUUCUAAACAGUGAUAGAUUGACUUCUUAUAUAAUGUUAGAAAACUACAAUGCUUAAUGAUUCCAAGGCAGAUAUUGUUAAGGGUGUUUCCCAUCUUCAUUUGUUCCUGAAAACAAUUUUGAGGUGUUUGUGAACUUUUCAUGACAUUAUUGGAGGUAUUUAUAUCACAUGCUGUUCGAAGUUUGAAGCAUUUUCAAACAGUAUCAGUUUCGAUGUCUCCACAAAUCACAGACAGACGCAUGACACUCUUGUUAUAUUCAAGACAAUUUCGUUUUAACGAGACCCUCUUUGGCUUGAGAACAGGAGCAUCUCACUCUCAGGAUGAAAUAUUCGUUCAUCACCAUUAACUGUGUUACUGCCUUCCUCAAACUGACAGAUUACAGUUACCUGUAUCUACCAUUGAACAGAAGGGUAAAUACAGGUAAUUGAAAAAAGGUAGGAACCGUUUUGGGAUGGGGACUUCAUCAAGUACUUACAAUGUGUCUCAUUUACCGUCUUCCCCGUCUGUCUUUGCAUCACACAGAAUUAUAUUUGUUCAUGAGGAACAGGAUGAGUUCUUGUUUGUGACAAUCCUAUCCCCCAGAAGCCUGUUGGCAUAUUUCCGUGUAUGACCCUGUGAAGGCUUUGCAUCAGUGUGUGAAUGUUGUGUUAUUGACUGGAGAUCUUCAUUCCUGGUUGCCUGAAUUUCUUGGUUGUUGUCAUUUUCACUUUGAGACCAGCCACUUACAUGAAAACUAACCCAUGGAGAUCUAGGUUAGAAUUGGUCUUCAGCAACCCACGCUUGUCGAAAGAGGCCACUAACGGAAGUGUGUGGUCAGGCUCGCUGACUUGGCGGAUACAUGUCAUUUUAUCCCAACUGCGUAGAUCGAUGCUCAUGUUAUCAACCACUGGACAAACAAAGUGAACAAAACAUUGCUGAGAACUGUUGUCAGUAACCCAUGCUUGUCGUAAGAGGCGACUAACGGGAUCAGGUGAUCAGACUC